AUGCUCGUCGAUGUUAUUCGAAUUGUUUUAUUCGGUGCUGGAAUCGUUGCACAGGCUCACAUCUCGUCGCUCGACAAGCCGAUUUAUGAGUAUUUGAGGGAUCUUUGUCCGGUUGGUCAACUGCCAUUGACGACGCCGCGCGCUGUCCGCACUUGUGCCACAGUGUGUCCCCUUGGCGCUCUUUGCUAUCGGGGAAUUUGUUGCGUCCCGCAGCCGCAAUGCAGGCAUCCGGCUAUGAGGGUAUCCGCUGGAUUUGCGUGCCUACCAGAUGUUAAGAACAAUUGUCCGGCGGGCAGUGUAUGCACUUCAAGCAACUUGGAUGGAAUGUCGGUGUGCUCUUUUGGAGAUUCACAUCCAGUGAUCGCACAUGAUGGAAAACACUUGAUUCUUUGUAAAGACUGCCAUCAAGGAAUCUGUGCCGAAUUUCGCAGCAGCAAUGUUCAAGUGUGUUGUCAGAAUUCUGACGAUAUAUGUGGUGCUGGAAGUACGGUACUAAUGGACAGUCUUGUGCCUAGGGAUUGCUCCAAGAAGCCAUGUGAAAAAGGUUACGAGUGCUCUCUCACUCCGACAGGUCUUCGAGUAUGCUGCUCACUGGCAACUUGUCCGAGCGGAGUACACGCGCGGUCGGUCUGCGCCGCCGGGUGUCUUCCGUCGGAGAAAUGUGUUCCGAUUCAAAAUGAGAUGUGGUGUUGUCCGCUUUUAGCAGAAGCGAAAUCUCGAGAUUACAAGUGUCUCAACGGCGAAGUUAGUACGCUACAAUGUAGUCCCGCGUUUGACCUUUGCCCUAUUGGAAAAACGUGCCAAUUGAAUUAUGAAGAGACCAAACAUAUUUGUUGCAGUCCAAAAAAGGAGAAAGUCAAAAAAGGGUCAAGACCAGUUCCUACGACUACUAUAGAGCCGGAAGAAAAUCAAAUUUUGAAGUGCUCAGACAAUUCGCCGGCUUUGUUUCAAGACGGUCUGAGCGUAAUGUGCUCAAAAUUAGGAGAGAAAUGCUCAAAAUCUGGAUACACAUGCCAGAAAUCGGAUAUCGAAGAUGUAUUCGUGUGCUGCUUCAAGCCUAAGCCUCAAAUCUCGUUGGCAUCUACUCCUCCUCCUCCUCCUACUCCGGAAACGAACCCAUCUCCAACAUGUCCGUUUUCCUACACACCCGCAUUACAGGAAACCAACGGGGAAGUCAAGAGAUGCCUUGCCCUGUUUUCAUUAGAUUGUCCAUUUCCCUACAUUUGCUUGCCUUCGUCGACAACUGACAGCUACCUUUGCUGCAUCAAAAAACCAUUCCAAUAA